CAUCGUCCGGUUUAAUCCAACCGGCCAAUCGGAGCGCAUAGGAGCAUUACAUUUUCAGAGUCUCUUCCACGCCAAAAAAUGAAAUGAAACAGUUUUCAACGGUCCAUUUUAGAUCCAAUUCCAAAUCUUGUGAAGACUUCAAUUCCUCUGCCGCGUCUCCAAAGCCCUAGUGAGCGAUCAAGGGGGAAGAGAGAGAGAGAGAGAGAGAGAGAGAGAGGGAGAGAGAGAGACACACACACACACACACAAACAAUGCGGAGUAUCUCCUCCUUCAUUACGGUGCUUUCUUUCCUCCCCUUGCUCUGCCACUCCUUCUCGCCUGAAAACCCUACCGAUCGGCGCCUUCUGGUCCUACUCGAUGACUUCUCUCUCAAGUCCUCCCACUCCAUCUUCUUUCAUUCUCUCCAGUCCCGCGGCUUCGAGCUGGAUUUCAAGCUCGCCGACGAUCCCAAGCUUACACUCCAACGAUACGGCCAGUACUUGUACGACGGUCUGAUUCUCUUCUCUCCCAAUACUGACAGUUUUGGAGGCUCUCUGAAUUUGGGGGCUGUGCUCGAUUUCGUUGACUCUGGGCACGACUUGAUCGUGGCGGCUGAUCUUUCCGCCUCUGAUUUGAUUCGGAACAUUGGUACUGAAUUAGGGGUUGAUUUCGAUGAGGAUCCAUCGGCUGUGGUAAUCGACCACACCAGCUAUGCGGUGUCGGAGACUGAAGGCGAUCAUACAUUGAUCGCAAGCGAUGAUUUUAUUCAGUCUGAUGUGAUUUUGGGACAGACUAAGAUUGAGGCUCCAAUUCUUUUCAAAGGGAUUGCACAUUCAUUAAAUGCUGCCAAUAGCUUGGUCUUGAAAGUCCUCUCAGCUUCUCCGUCAGCAUAUUCUUCUAACCCAAGUUCUAAGUCGUCACAACCUCCAUCACUCACUGGUUCUACUGUAUCGCUGGUUUCUGUUUUGCAAGCCAGAAAUAAUGCUCGGAUUAUGAUUUCAGGAUCCUUAGAUAUGUUUAGUAACAGAUUUUUCGUAUCAGCUGUUCAAAAGGCUGGGAGUACAAAUAUAUACAAGAAAUCUGGCAAUCAACAAUUUGUGUCUGAACUUAGCAAGUGGGUCUUCCAUGAAAGGGGUCAUCUGAAGGUGGUCAACCUUGGACACCACAAAGUUGGAGAAGUUGAUGAACCUGCAAUGUAUCGGAUCAAAGAUGAUUUGGAUUUUUCAGUUGAGAUUUACGAGUGGUCUGGGAACAGCUGGGAACCAUACGUGGCUAAUGAUGUCCAAGUGCAGUUCUAUAUGAUGAGCCCUUACGUGUUGAAAACCCUAGCAACUAACCAGAAGGGUCUAUACAGCACAUCCUUCAAGGUUCCUGAUGUUUACGGGGUUUUCCAAUUCAAGGUUGAAUACCACAGGCUUGGGUACACUAGCUUGUCCCUUUCCAAACAGAUUCCUGUGCGGCCUUUCAGACACAACGAAUAUGAUCGAUUUAUAACCACUGCUUUUCCUUACUAUGGGGCGUCAUUUACUACGGUGGCUGGGUUCUUUAUCUUCAGUUUCAUCUUUCUAUACAACAAGUAAAUCGGUGGACCCAACUUUAUUUGUACCCUUAGAUGAAAAAGGAAAACAUUUUAGGCUUUUUGAUUAAAUAGUAUUUUUAUAGUAGUUAUGAUAUAAUAUAUCCUUUAUUUUUUCUUUUGACAUUUAAAUACUUUACUAAUUUAUCAUUUUUCAUCCUUUAUAAAUGGAAAGGUUUCAAGGACCUUUUUAAAGAUAUACAUACAUAA